GAGAAGUACAAGAAAGGAAAAAAUAAUGAAAUUCCCUUUCAGCUCUAAGUUCUGCCACUACCCCAGGUCUGUCACGUAACAGAAGUUUUUCUAUCAGACACAGAAGUAUUUCAUCAAAAACAGAAAGAGAUUGUUCAGAUUUCACAACUUAAAAUAAUGUUGGGGAAAAAGUUGGUGACUGCACAGAAGAGAGGGGAGACAAGAGCCCUGUGCCUGGGACUGGGAAUGAUUGCAUGCUCCAUGAUGAUGUACUUUUUUAUUGGGAUCACCAUAGUGCCAUUCUACACUAAAAGCGUCUGGACAACAGAGACUGUGUGCAAGGUACUGAAAGUCAACAUCAAGGACAAAGUUCCCUGCUUAAACAGCGAAGGCUCAGAGGAUGAGGAUAUCUUUCCUUAUCCCUGUCUACAGGUGUGGGUUAAUCUGACUGCCUCAGGACAAGAGGUUAUGCUGUAUCAGACUGAAGACACACUGGAAAGAAAUCCUAAGUGCUCGUAUGUCCCAGGCAAGUCGGAGAACUCUAAAGAAGUUAAAGCACGAAUAGAAACAAUUGCAAGCAAUUUCAAAAAGUACCAGACUAUCCCAUGCUACUAUGACCCAGAAGAAAUGCAGACCAAUGUUAUUUUAAGCAGACUUUAUCCCCCAAAAGGUCUCCUCUUUGCUUUCCUUUGGCCUACUCUCAUGUUUACUGGUGGAUGUCUGAUUAUUGUUCUGGUAAAAAUUAGUCAGUAUGUUUCUGUUCUUUCUGCUGGGCAGUAAUAAAUAAAUAUCUAGCAUAGACUGUUGCAAGAUACUAAAAUACCUUCGUCCUGCCU